UGCUGUCGCUUUUGGCGCUCGGCCAUCCAGAAACAAACCACUUCGAUGACUACUAAUAGUUAUAGCCAGAUGUACUAAUACACAACAAAUCACGGGCCGGGCGAGGGGAGAGCAAAUGAGUUCCUAUUUCGUGAAUCCCACUUUCCCUGGGAGCCUGCCCAGUGGCCAGGACUCUUUCCUCGGGCAGAUCCCCCUUUACCCGGCGGGCUAUGAUGCUCUCAGGCAUUUUCCGGCUUCGUACGGGGCAAGCAGCCUGCAGGACAAGACUUACACCUCACCUUGUUUCUACCAACAGUCCAACACCGUCCUUGCUUGCAAUCGGGCUUCCUAUGAGUACGGAGCCUCUUGUUUUUAUUCGGACAAGGAAAUUAGUAGCGCCUCUCCCUCCGGCAGUGGCAAGCAGAGGGGACACGGGGACUACCCGCACUUUUCUCCCGAGCAGCAGUACAAAUCGAGCGGCGUGCAAGCCAAAAUUGUAAAUGACGAAGGCACCGACCGGAAGUACACGAGCCCUGUUUACCCCUGGAUGCAGCGGAUGAACUCCUGUGCUGGUACAGUAUAUGGAACUCAUGGGAGACGAGGGAGGCAAACUUACACCAGAUACCAAACGCUAGAGUUAGAGAAGGAAUUUCAUUUUAACAGAUACUUAACCAGAAGACGACGCAUUGAGAUUGCAAACGCUCUCUGCCUUACUGAACGCCAGAUUAAAAUAUGGUUUCAAAACAGGCGGAUGAAAUGGAAAAAGGAAAACAAAUUCAUAAAUUCCACACAGCCCAGCAGCGAAGAAACAGAGGAAAAGUCAGGGGAGUAGAACCAUGUUUAAUAAACGCUACCAGGCCUUUCCUUA